CACUUCGGAGCGGGAUUCAGAUCUGGCUUUUUCACAACUUGUAUUUGACGUGUUUUUUUUAAUUGCGUCAUAUUAUUAUUAGUUAUGUAUCAUUAGUGUAAAAGUUAUGUCGCUGUUUGUUGUAAGUUCCAGUACAUUCCCCAGCGGCAGGUGCACAUGGAUCUGCCAGGUUACGUAACCUUUUGUCGCGUGUCACAGAGAGCAUCUUACCGAACGCGCUUUGUGACUGUCGCAGGGUGCCCACGGCACAUCAGGCGCACGCGACUCGCGAAUUUCUUUCUAAAUGCCCGCGGUGCCCAUUGCGAGCCGCCAGCGGAGCAGCGACAGACUCCCGCAUCCCCCUCCCGUUAGACCGCCGGGGCGAGGGGGGCGCGGCGCAGUCGCCUCUGCGGCAUUUCAUGCGCACUGAAAGCUCUGAAACGAUCGGAAACUUAUGAAGCUGCACGCCUGCUCUGUUACUCCAAAGGAACAGAAAGAGCUCGACAAGGAGAGUCCCCGCAGUCGCAUCCCACGCCUGGUGCUGCGCCCGUACCGCCCGAAGAAGAAGGGAGGGUCGUCGCCGCUGUCUGAGGACUGCGACCGCCGCUCCGGACAUUCACGGAGGACCAUCAGCAGUAACAGCUCGUGCUCAGAUGACACCGGCUGUCCCAGCAGUCAGUCCGUCUCCCCAUCAAAGACCCCGUCAGACACCGAGCACAGCCCAGUAGACUUUCCGCCAUUAGAAGAGAAGCAAAAUGUUAAGAGAGUGACGACCGAGGCCAUGGCCGAAUGGAACAUCCCACCUGCCCGCUACAAGAGAGAGCAAAGGCCGUGUGCUCUGCAGAGAGGCAGUGAGGCCGACUUCAGCUCCUCAAGCAGCACAGGCAGCAUUUCGGCACAAGAAGUCUCCAUGUCUGGUCCCACCAGCAAGAGGUCCACUUUGAAUCGCAGAAAUGGUGCCCAUGGCAGGCCUAAUGCCUCUUCAACACUCAAGCCCAUCAGCCCAACUGCCACGAGAGAAAAAGAACUGCUGAGCCAGUUUUACAGAAAUCAGCCACACAUGGCGUCUUCACACAGCAGCAGCAGCAACUCUGGCUCGUACAAAGGAAGCGACUCCAGCCCCACGACAAGAAGGCCGAGCACCGCACGGUUUACCUCCUGCAGUGACAACCAUGGCAUUAAACCACCAACGCCAGAGCAGUACUUGACUCCUUUGCAACAAAAGGAAGUGGCCAUCCGACAUCUUAAAACGAAACUCAAGGACUCUGCGACGAAGCUCCUCGAAAAGGAGGCAGAGGUUGACGACCUAAAAACACAACUUGGGCGAAUGCGAGAAGAUUGGAUAGAAGAAGAGUGUCACCGAGUCGAAGCGCAGUUGGCUCUUAAAGAAGCAAGAAAGGAAAUUAAGCAGCUGAGGCAGGUAGUGGAGACCAUGAAGAACAGCCUGCUAGAAAAAGACAAGGGCAUUCAGAAGUAUUUCAUUGACAUUAACAUUCAAAACAAAAAGCUUGAAACCCUCCUUCACAGCAUGGAGUUGGCCCAGAACGGUUCUAUGAAGGACGACCCCUCUCUCGACUACGCGUGCACUUUACCAGGGGAGACCUUGGCUGUGAGUUCCACUUACGAGAAGCUAGACGACGGUCUAGCUCUGGAAGAUCAGGCCGAGGAAGAAAUGGCCGAUUGUGGCUUGCUUCUCAACGAUGAGAUGGCAAACCGGAUGGAUUUCUUGGAUCAGAUGAUGCCUUCGGGGAGACAGCCCAGUGAUGACUCCCAGCACUACUUUGGCACAGCUGAGCCAGUGUCCAUGAAGUGUGGUUUCGAGAUGCUUUCUUCCUUUUGUGAUGAUCAGUUAAUUGUCACUGAAAAAGCAAUUCAGACAGAUGUUGUUCCCUACAACUCCAAUUUUGAAAACCUUCUCCUUUAUUUAAUGAAAUCCCAAAACCUAAGUCCGUUAAGCAUUGCGAAUAACCCAACCCUUCCUUUUCCCGAGGUUUCAAAUACGCUAAUGGAUUUAACUCCUAGUGACCCCAAUUCUGCCAUACUGGUCUCCCCUGAAAAAUCCGAAGACUCUGGCGUGUGUCUAGGGCCUAUGAGCCACAAUAUGAAUGAACUUGAUUUCAGGCCACCGCACGAUUCCACAGGAAGCAAUUUGCCGGCCACCUCACUUGUGGAAAAGCAUUACUGGAGCAACAGUUUCUUAAUGGAUCUGUUGGCCGUUGCUGUUCCUGUGCUGCCUACAGUGGCCUGGCUCUUUGCGACACAAACUGGAAGAACGGACCCCGUCUAUAACAUCGGGGCACUGCUGCGGGGUUGUGUCAUCGUGGGUCUGCACUCACUUCGCCACACGUCGCGCAAGAUGUUCCAGCCCCGUUUCCAAAUGCCCGCUUCUCCUUAGCGUGUUGGGAGAUUUUAUUACAUGAAAGCAUGUGACGAAUGCUGUCCAGUCACUAACGCUGUGUGACACUGUCUGUUGUGUCGUGCUUGUGCUGUUUAAUAAGCAGGAUGUGCAAUAUUUGAGCAUGAAGGUGUGGCAAGUUUUUAUUGUGUAGAUGUUAUUUAAGAAUGAGCGAACUCGCUUGGGAUGAGCCUUGCAUCAGCCAUCCUAACUCUGCGAUUCACCGAGCUGGAAAGGGAGCCUGUGCUCAAGGCUUCUUCCCUGUGUGAUUAAAAUAUGCUCCAUAUUCACAUGUCCAUUGGUACAUGUAUCCACCAUACAUACACUGCAAGUCAAGUUAAGUUGGGGAGCAGGCACUGGUACAGCGUGUUGCCACACCCACCAUGCGACAAAACAGCUCAGGAUCCCGGUUGGCA